GCGACGCGGAAGAUUUGCGUAUGGGGCCUCGCUCUGGGAUAGCUUUACGGCUUCUGGGAGCUGCAGCUUCGCGGUGAGAAGUAUCCGUGACGAGCCGUCCGGGAAAGAUCCGAAUGCGAUCAAACCUAAUCCGCGAGACUUGCUAAGGUUCUCUGCUGCAAAUUGAUGUUUAGAUAAACUUCAGUGAAAUGACUCUUCAGGAAUUGGUGCAUAAGGCUGCCUCCUGUUACAUGGACAAAGUAGCUGUAUGUUUUGAUGAAUGCAACAACCAGCUUCCAGUUUACUAUACCUACAAGACUGUGGUUAAUGCUGCUUCUGAAUUAUCAAAUUUUCUGCUGUUACACUGUGACUUUCAAGGAAUUCGGGAAAUUGGUCUCUACUGCCAACCUGGGAUAGACUUACCCUCUUGGAUUUUAGGAAUUCUCCAAGUCCCAGCUGCUUAUGUACCUAUCGAUCCAGAUUCACCACCAUCAUUAUCAACUCAUUUUAUGAAAAAAUGUAAUCUAAAGUAUAUCCUUGUUGAAAAAAAACAAAUUAAUAAAUUUAAAUCUUUUCAUGAAACGUUAUUGAGCUAUGAUACAUUUACAGUAGAACAUAAUGACCUAGUGCUCUUCAGACUUCACUGGAAAAAUACUGAGGUGAACUUGAUGCUAAGUGAUGGAAAAGAGAAAUAUGAAAAAGAAAAAAUAAAAAUCAGCGUAAGUUCUGAGCAUGUCAAUGAAGAAAAAGCAGAACACGUGGAUCUGAGGCUAAAGCAUUGCUUAGCGUAUGUACUACAUACAUCAGGGACUACAGGGAUACCGAAGAUUGUCAGAGUGCCUCAUGAGUGUAUAGUACCAAAUAUCCAGCAUUUUCAGAUACUUUUUGACAUCACACAAGAAGAUGUUUUGUUUCUGGCUUCACCUCUGACCUUUGAUCCUUCUGUUGUGGAAAUAUUUCUUGCUCUAUCAAGUGGUGCCUCUCUGCUUAUUGUACCAACUUCCAUCAAGUUGCUCCCAUCAAAAUUAGCCAGUGUUCUCUUUUCCCGUCAUAGAGUGACUGUUUUGCAGGCAACACCAACAUUGCUUAGAAGAUUUGGAUCUAAGCUUAUCAAGUCAAAUGUUUUGUCAGCCACUACUUCUCUUCGAGUAUUAGCCCUUGGUGGUGAAGCGUUUCCAUCAUUGACAGUUCUUAGAAGCUGGAGAGGAGAAGGCAAUAAAACACAAAUAUUUAAUGUUUAUGGUAUCACAGAGGUAUCAAGUUGGGCAACCAUUUAUAGGAUUCCAGAGAAGAUUCUUAACUCUACUUUAAAAUGUGAAUUGCCUGUACAACUGGGAUUUCCACUUCUUGGAACAGUAGUUGAAGUCAGAGAUACUAAUGGCUUCACAAUUCAGGAAGGCAGUGGCCAAGUAUUUUUAGGUGGCAGAAACAGAGUGUGUUUUCUUAAUGACGAAGUGACAGUGCCACUUGGCACAAUGCGAGCUACAGGAGACUUUGUGACUGUGAAAGAUGGAGAGAUUUUUUUUUUGGGACGAAAAGACAGUCAGAUCAAACGUCAUGGCAAACGUCUUAACAUUGAACUUGUGCAACAGGUUGCUGAAGAGCUUCAGCAAGUGGAGUCUUGUGCAGUUACAUGGUAUAAUCAGGAAAAGUUAAUUCUCUUCAUGGUGUCUAAAGAUGCUUCAGUAAAAGAAUACAUCUUUAAAGAACUGCAGAAAUAUCUUCCAAGUCAUGCAAUCCCGGAUGAGCUUGUAUUGAUUGAUUCUCUACCAUUUACAUCCCAUGGCAAAAUUGAUGUUUCUGAGUUAAACAAGAUAUAUUUAAACUACCUAAACUUGAAGUCUGAGAAUAAACUCAGUGGGAAAGAGGACCUUUGGGAAAAAUUACAGUAUUUGUGGAAGUCUACUCUGAAUCUCCCGGAAGAUCUUUUGAAGGUUCCUGAUGAGUCACUCUUCUUAAAUAGUGGUGGAGAUUCCUUAAAGUCCAUCCGGCUCCUCAGUGAAAUUGAAAAACUUGUUGGUACAUCAGUGCCUGGGCUUCUGGAAAUUAUUCUCAGCAGUUCCAUUUUAGAGAUUUAUAAUCACAUUCUUCAAACAGUGUUUCCAGAUGAAGAUGUGACAUUCAGGAAGAGUUGUGCCACAAAAAGGAAACUCAGCGACAUUAAUCAAGAGGAAGCCAGUGGAACAUCUUUACAUCAGAAAGCUAUCAUGACUUUAAGUUGCCACAAUGAGAUUAAUGCUUUUGUUGCACUGAGCAGGGGGAGUCAAAUUUUGUCUCUGAAUACCACUACGUUUUCAACAAAGUUAGGACAUUGCUCUUCAGCCUAUCCUUCUGAUUCAAUUUCACAGACCAACAUUCAAAAUGUGAAAGACUUAAAUUCUCCAGUUCUUAUUGGGAAGUCAAAAGAUCCAUCCUAUGUUGUGAAAGUUUCUGAAGAGGGGAAACCUGCGAUAGGGACUCAGGAAAUGGAGUUACAUGUGAGGUGGAGGUCAGACACAGGCAAGUGUGUAGAUGCCUCACCGCUGGUUGUAAUACCCACUUUCGAUAAGUCAUCUACAACUGUGUACAUUGGUUCCCAUUCUCAUAGAAUGAAGGCAGUUGACUUUUACUCUGGGAAGGUGAAAUGGGAACAGCUUUUGGGAGAUCGAAUUGAAUCCUCAGCAUGUGUAUCUAAGUGUGGAAACUUUAUUGUGGUGGGCUGUUAUAAUGGAUUAGUUUAUGUUCUGAAAAGUAAUAGUGGAGAAAAAUACUGGAUGUUUACUACUGGAGAUGCUGUCAAAAGCUCAGCAACCAUGGAUCCAACCACAGGACUCAUUUACAUUGGAUCUCAUGACCAGCAUGCAUAUGCUUUAGAUAUUUAUAGAAAGAAGUGUGUUUGGAAGUCAAAAUGUGGAGGAACUGUCUUUUCCUCUCCGUGUUUGAACCCGAUUCCACAUCAUUUGUAUUUUGCUACAUUGGGAGGACUUUUACUGGCUAUAAAUCCUGCUACUGGGAACAUUAUUUGGAAACAUUCCUGUGGAAAACCACUCUUCUCUUCCCCACGAUGUUGCUCACAGUAUAUUUGUAUUGGCUGUGUAGAUGGGAAUUUACUCUGCUUUACUCACUUUGGAGAACAGGUUUGGCAGUUCUGUACCAGUGGACCAAUCUUUUCAUCCCCAUGUACCUCACCAUCAGAGCAAAAAAUAUUUUUUGGUUCCCAUGAUUGCUUUAUCUACUGUUGUAACAUGAAAGGUCACCUGCAGUGGAAGUUUGAAACUACUUCAAGGGUCUAUGCAACACCGUUUGCUUUCCAUAACUGCAAUGGCAGCAAUGAAAUGUUGCUGGCAGCAGCAUCUACUGAUGGGAAACUGUGGAUCUUGGAAUCUCAGAGUGGACAAUUGCAAAGUGUUUAUGAACUUCCUGGAGAAGUCUUCUCUUCUCCUGUGGUCCUGGAAUCAAUGCUCAUUAUUGGGUGUAGAGAUAAUUAUGUUUAUUGUCUGGAUUUAUUAGGUGGCAAUAAAAAAUAAUCAAAUACAGUCCUUAUUUAUAUAACAAAUGUGAGAUGUUUGAAAAUAUUUUACCAUUAUAGAGCAUGUGGAUAGUCUUAUUUUAUAUUAAAGAUUAUAUUUUGGCUAAGAAACGGA